GCGGCGGGUUGGGCCGCGGGGCUGGCGCGCGGCGCGGAGCAAGAUGGCGGCGGCGGCGGCAGCUGGUGCGGCCUCUGGGCUGCCGGGGCCGGUGGCCCAGGGGCUGAAGGAGGCGUUGGUGGACACGCUCACCGGGAUCCUGUCCCCGGUGCAGGAGGUGCGGGCGGCCGCCGAGGAGCAGAUUAAGGUGCUGGAGGUGACGGAGGAAUUUGGUGUUCACCUGGCAGAGCUGACCGUAGAUCCCCAGGGGGCAUUGGCGAUCCGUCAGCUGGCAUCAGUCAUCUUGAAACAGUACGUGGAGACUCACUGGUGUGCCCAGUCGGAGAGGUUCAGGCCUCCUGAGACCACAGAAAGGGCAAAAAUUGUCAUCCGGGAGCUGUUGCCCAAUGGCUUGAGAGAGUCGAUAAGCAAGGUGCGCUCCAGCGUGGCCUAUGCGGUCUCAGCCAUCGCUCACUGGGACUGGCCUGAAGCCUGGCCCCAGCUCUUCAACCUGCUCAUGGGGAUGCUGGUGAGCGGAGACUUAAACGCAGUCCACGGCGCCAUGCGAGUGCUUACAGAGUUCACUCGAGAAGUCACAGACACCCAGAUGCCGCUGGUUGCUCCUGUCAUUCUCCCAGAGAUGUACAAGAUCUUCACCAUGGCCGAGGUGUAUGGUAUUCGAACCCGUUCCCGAGCCGUGGAGAUUUUUACCACUUGUGCCCAUAUGAUCUGUAACAUGGAGGAACUGGAGAAGGGUGCGGCCAAAGUCCUGAUCUUCCCUGUGGUGCAGCAGUUCACAGAGGCCUUCGUCCAGGCCCUCCAGAUACCAGACGGCCCCACGUCUGACAGCGGGUUUAAGAUGGAAGUCCUGAAGGCAGUGACAGCCCUGGUGAAAAACUUCCCAAAGCACAUGGUGUCCUCCAUGCAGCAAAUUCUGCCUAUUGUUUGGAACACCCUAACUGAAAGUGCAGCUUUUUAUGUGAGGACAGAAGUAAAUUACACAGAGGAAGUAGAAGAUCCUGUGGAUUCUGAUGGCGAAGUCCUGGGCUUUGAAAAUCUCGUCUUUAGCAUUUUUGAAUUUGUCCAUGCUCUCCUGGAAAAUAGCAAAUUCAAAAGCACUGUCAAGAAGGCCUUGCCUGAGUUGAUUUACUAUCUCAUCCUGUACAUGCAGAUCACCGAGGAGCAGAUCAAAGUGUGGACAGCCAACCCCCAGCAGUUUGUGGAAGAUGAAGAUGAUGAUACUUUCUCCUAUACUGUUAGGAUCGCAGCCCAAGACUUGUUGCUGGCUGUGGCCACUGAUUUCCAGAAUGAGAGCGCAGCAGCCCUGGCCGCCGCAGCAACUCGGCAUUUACAGGAAGCUGAGCACACCAAGAAUGGCGGCACCGGACACUGGUGGAAGAUCCAUGAGGCAUGCAUGUUGGCCCUCGGCUCGGUGAAGUCCAUCAUCACCGACAGUGUGAAGAAUGGCAGGAUCCCCUUCGACAUGCAUGGCUUCCUGACCAACGUUGUCCUUGCAGACCUCAACCUCUCAGUGUCUCCUUUCCUCUUGGGCCGGGCCCUUUGGGCUGCCAGUCGGUUCACUGUUGCUAUGUCCCCUGAAUUGAUCCAGCAGUUUCUUCAGGCAACAGUUAGUGGUCUUCAUGAGACACAACCCCCAUCAGUUCGAAUUUCUGCAGUGAGAGCCAUCUGGGGUUACUGUGACCAGCUGAAAGUCUCGGAGAGCACCCACGUGCUUCAGCCCUUCCUCCCCAGUAUCCUGGAUGGCUUAAUUCACCUGGCGGCUCAGUUCAGCUCAGAGGUCCUCAACCUGGUGAUGGAGACCCUGUGCAUCGUUUGUACGGUAGACCCAGAGUUCACAGCAAGCAUGGAGAGCAAAAUCUGCCCCUUCACCAUCGCCAUCUUCCUAAAGUACAGUAACGAUCCUGUGGUCGCCUCGCUGGCUCAGGACAUCUUCAAGGAGCUGUCGCAGAUUGAAGCCUGCCAGGGCCCCAUGCAGAUGAGGCUGAUUCCCACGCUGGUCGGCAUCAUGCAGGCACCAGCAGACAAGAUCCCUGCGGGGCUCUGUGCGACGGCCAUUGACAUCCUGACCACGGUCGUGCGGAACACGAAGCCCCCCCUCUCCCAGCUGCUUAUCUGCCAGGCUUUCCCUGCUGUGGCCCAGUGCACCCUCCACACAGACGACAACGCCACCAUGCAGAAUGGUGGUGAGUGCCUGCGGGCCUACGUGUCGGUGACGCUGGAGCAGGUGGCCCAGUGGCACGACGAGCAGGGCCACAAUGGGCUGUGGUACGUGAUGCAGGUGGUGAGCCAGCUCCUGGACCCCCGCACCUCCGAGUUCACUGCCGCCUUCGUGGGCCGCCUCGUGUCCACCCUCAUCUCCAAGGCGGGGCGGGAGCUGGGGGAGAACCUGGACCAGAUUCUCCGUGCCAUCCUCAGCAAGAUGCAGCAGGCGGAGACGCUCAGCGUCAUGCAGUCCCUGAUCAUGGUGUUCGCCCACCUGGUGCACACCCAGCUGGAGCCGCUCCUGGAGUUCCUGUGCAGCCUCCCGGGGCCCACCGGCAAGCCUGCCCUGGAGUUCGUGAUGGCCGAGUGGACCAGCCGGCAGCACCUCUUCUACGGGCAGUACGAGGGCAAAGUCAGCUCUGUGGCGCUGUGUAAGCUGCUCCAGCACGGCAUCAACGCGGAUGACAAGCGGCUACAGGACAUCCGCGUGAAGGGGGAGGAGAUCUACGGCCUGGACGAGGGCACCCGCACCCGCUCCAAGUCGGCCAAGAACCCUGAGCGCUGGACGAACAUUCCCUUGCUGGUCAAGAUCCUGAAGCUGAUCAUCAACGAGCUGUCCAACGUCAUGGAGGCCAACGCCGCCCGCCAGGCCGCCCCUGCAGAGUGGAGCCAAGAUGACUCCAGUGACAUGUGGGAGGACCAGGACGAGGACGACGACGAGGAGGAGGACGGCCUAGCGGGCCAACUCUUGUCCGAUAUUCUUGCCACAAGUAAAUACGAGGAGGACUACUACGAGGAUGACGAGGAAGACGACCCUGACGCCCUGAAGGAUCCUCUCUAUCAGGUCGAUCUGCAGGUGAGGGCGUCCAGAGACGGCGUCUCGCAAGCAGCAGUGGCUUGAGCACCAUUCCUGGCUGACCUCGUCUUGCCCGGCGUACCUCACGGACUUCCUCUGCCAGUUUGCUCAGCAGCCCUGCUACGUGGUGUUCUCAGGCCACCUCAACGACCACGAGAGGCGGGUUCUGCAGACCAUUGGCAUCUGAAGCGGUCCUCCUCCUGCCCCGCCGCACACCGUUUUGCAGCCCUCGCUGGCCUUGAGAUGCGCUUUCUUCUCAGCCUGGAGCGGCCUCUGCAGAGUGACACUGGCAGUACAGACCAGGCUCACCAGUGCCAUCACCUAGGAGUGCUGGGACAAAGGACACUUCCCAGCGCCCCCUGAAGCAGCCGUCUCUGGACCCUUCUUGUCCCCAGCUGUGCCCGCCUCUGCUCCUGGGGUCCUCUGCUGGCCGGGCCGGAAUCAGGGUGCCCAGAAGGGUUGUGUGUUCAUGGAUUAUUCGGCCUCACCUGAGGAGCACCGGAAGUCACGACCGUUCAUAUUCUAAAGUGGACCUAUUUCCUUUCGCAGGACGUCUGACGUGUUCAGAUAGGAAUACCCUCGGGCGAGAAUGGUGUUUUCUGCCCCGCACCGCAGACGCGCUGGGUCUCGUAGGAGCGAGGGGAAGCGGCGCCAGGGCCCCCCAUUCCUCCUGCGACACUGAGACUCCCCGUCGAAGGAGGUCGUCUUGGUUUUGCCUCGUUGCAUGACACAGCCCCUCCCCGACGCUGUUCCUCUGUAUACGUGCACGCACACGGGAUAAGCCAGACAGAUGGCAAUUUGUUUUUCCUUUUUUAGAAAAAAAAAAAAAUGAGGGAAAAACAGAUUUUUUUAAAAAGUCCACCUGACCCAACCAUAUUUAACAUGCCUCUCACACACAUCCCCACACAGUCUGAUAUUCAGAGGCUCCCCCUCUCCCUCAGGAAUUCUCUAAGGUGGGUAAGUUGUAGCCCUCAAAUUUGCAAUGUGUAUUUUUCUAGGAGAGUAAAGUAAUCUUUACAAAUGAA